AUGGAAGGCCUAAUACCUUAUGUUUACAGGGCCAUUGUUCAGUACAGGACUAGCAACGCUGGACAAAGGAUCUAUGGUGCUCUGGCCGCUUCUCCUCCAGGAGAUUCAGGCAGAUUUUCAUGGGACUCUGCAUAUAUCAGGCUUCCUGGAGACUCUGGAAGAUUUGCCUCUGAUUUUCAUACCAUUUACAGGCGUCCUCAAUCUCCACCAUCUUCAAAUCAUACUACAAAUGGCCCAAAUGAAGAUUUUCUCGGUACCCAUUCCGCCAGUCGCCCUCCGCUCGCUCCUCCCGCCGCCACCGCCACCACCCACCAUUCUAAGACCAAUUGA